AUGCAACAUGCAAGUGCGAAUGAAAAUCCACCACCACACAGGGCCCCAUUAUCUGGAUUCAUCUAUGAAAAGAAUAUUUUGUCCCUAUUCGCGAUUCGCUGCGCAUUGGACAAAACCAUUAAGGAUUUCAAAAUUGGCACGAACCUCCAAAAAGAUUUUGGAUCAUUGGACGACAUUAUAAUCCACGUAGAACAUAACGAUGGAGAAAAGGAAAUGUUCGUUUGCCAGCUUAAACACAAGAAUGACCCCAACUUGAAUUUAAACAAAUUUAUUACGGAUUAUCGUUCGAUAAAAAGACAACACGAAAAUGUCAAAAUAAAUAUAAUUAUACAUACAAUCGUCCAAAAGAAUUUCAUAACACAGCAUAAAGCAUUGGAGGAUGUUAGUUUGCCCAAUUCAAAAUUAAAAAUGUUUAAUACAAAUGAAGAAGGAUUACUGCAUAAAUACACUAGAAAAGGUUUAAAUAUCAGUGAUAAAAGUAUUACUGAAGAUAUGAUACACGAUUUUUUAACCAACUGCUUCGUUUUUUCAAAGCAAAGCAACAAGGACGAACUUAUAGACAUAAUAAGAAAAGAGUUCAAAGAAAGCGUGAAAGACGAGCAGUUUCAGCUAAUAUUAACUUAUUUCGAUAGCUUUUAUACAUAUAUUAAAGGUAAAAAAUUUAUUUCAAAAGAAGAAAUUGUGUGGAUGUUGAAGGUUAAAAUUUUGUACCCCUUCGUAGACCAGCUUCUUGAAAAUGUUAAUGAUAACAAUUGUAUUGAAAACGGCAAUUUAAUAAUAGAAACAUUAAAUUUAUUUCAUCUUUCUACAUUGUCCGAUGAAUCGAUUACUAUAAUUUUAAGAAUUAUAACUAAAAUUAUCGAAACUCGUUUCGACAUCAAGAACUUCAGUAAAGAACUUUGGCAUAAAAAAUUACCGGAAAAUAUAACAUUCGAAGAACCCUAUUAUCAAGCUUUGAAAUAUAUUAAGAAUAAUGAAUUAUUAUACAAGGACUUAAUCUUUCUUUUAUGGCUAAAAAAAGAAGCGCCUCUUCCAUUAAUCUACACCCACGAAAAUAAACAACAAAUAAAUUUUGUGUUUCAACAUUUUUUGCCCAACUCUUCUGUGGUAUUACGAAAUAAAACAAAAUUUAACAUUUCCAUGGAAAAUUUAAAUAUCUUCAUCUUCAACAACAUAAGAAUGGACCUCAAAGAAAAGAAUUUGGAUCUAAUAAAAAUUAAACUUCAUCCCGAGGAGUCAAUUUCAUUGAAAGAGUUAAACUUUACGGAUGGCAUUACUCCUGACGAAUACGUAAAGCUUUGUUCAGCAAAAGAAAUUAGUUUCAAGGCCAGCGACACCAAACCGUUUUAUAUUCCGAGAAAAUUGGAACCUCUAAUAUUUAAUGAAAACGUAUUUAAAAACACAAAUUUUCUAUUUGUGGUCCAUCCAAGCAGUUCUUCCCCAUACAAUGAAGAAUAUUUGAAUAGUAUAUUUAAAAAAAUUCGAAGCAAACUAGGGUCAAUGCAAUCAACAUUUCAAUUAUCUACGGAUCGACAUGAACACCAUGAUAACUUAUUAGAACUUUCAGAUUUUUUGAAAAUACGUUCUACAGACAUCCAGUUCAAGUAUACGACAGUGUAUUCCAAAGAGUCAAUAUGGAAAACAAGAACUGAUUUAAAGGACAAAUUUAGAGGAUCAUAUUGUUGCCUGCUUGAAUUUCAUGGAAAUUUCUUAUGUCAUGCUUAUAAUGGAGAUAUUGAAACUUUAAGCCAAUUCAAGGUAAAUGAAAGUAUCAAUGAAAAUGAAUUAUUAGAGUUAAAUCUCCCUAUAAGUAUAAUUCAUGGGAAUGCUGGUAUGGGCAAAUCUUCCAUGCUCCAUAACAUGGAAUAUAUCCUUCCAACAGAGUAUUGCGUGGUUAAUUUGACCAACAAUAAUACUUGGGGUGACAAAAUUUUAAACGAUAAGAAAAUGUUAAUAGAACAUUUAUUAAUACACCAAGUUGGAACGGAAAUGUUUAAUCGUUUUAAACAAUUUUUUACUGAACUAUUCGAAAACAGAAUAAUAAAUAAAAAAAUGUAUAUAAUUAAAGAUGCUUUCGAUGAAACGAAUGCAAAAACUAAUGUUGUAGAUCAAAUUUCUAACCUAUUACAAGUUCCCAUUGUCAUUUCAACGAGACCAACGAUGAAAAAUAUUUUGGAAAAUGAACUUCAUGCCCCGUCAUUAAGCGUAAUUCAAUUUUCAAGAGAAGAUCAAAUACAGUUUCUUCAACAGUCCAAUUCAUUAUCUGCCGAUUACAUCGUUGGUGUCAUUGACGAAUUGAAAGUGAAAAAAAGUUUUCUUGGAGUUCCAUUAUUAUUAAAACUAUUAGUGGAAAUAUUGCCUGACUUAAAUGAAAUUAAAAACAUUAAUUUAAUUGUGUUAUAUGAUGAAUAUUUAAAAAAAUAUAUAAAACAUUAUAGGAACAGAGAUAAAGACACCAUAAAGUCUUUGGCGUUUCGAAUAUUUUUUAAGCAGCAUUUUAGUAAUUUUUUUAAUGAAAAACAAUUUAAAAGAGAUUUCGAAGACUUUCAAAAAACAAUUCAAGAAACGAAAGAUAAUAUCAUAGGCGGAUUUAAUAUUGAAGAAGAACCAUUAUUUAUACACCGAACGUUUGCAGAAUUUUUAUGUGCUCAGUAUUUAAGUGAAAUAUGCCUAGAAAACAAUUUUAUAAAUAUUUUUGAGGAAAUAUUAAAGGAUAUAAAUUUGGAUCAAGUUAAAUAUUUCUUUGAUUUAAUCCUUUGUCAAGACUUGCCCUUGCAUUUUGCUGCCUUAAGAAACGAUGUCAAACAUCUAUCAAUGAUGAAUGAUGAUGACAAUAUAAUAAAAACAGAUAGGUUCGGUAGGACUGUACUACAUAUUGUGGCCACUUAUGGGAGUUAUGAUAAUUUUAUAAGGAAUCCCAAGAAUUUUAUAAAUAGUAUAUCUUUUACAAAGAAAAGUAAUCCAUUUAUAAAUGCAGAUAUUAUAAUGGACACACUUUUGAAGAAAAGUUUUGCAAAGAAUAUAAUUUUUGAUAAUUUUGAUAAAUUAAACAAUAAUGUCAUAAAUUACAUUUGGAUAACAAAAGGUCUUAAUAUUCUGAACACAAUAUGCAUUAAUGUUAUUGAUAUUGAUAUUAAUUUACCAACAUCGUACGAAGAUGAAUUUCUCUGCAUUAUUAUGGCUUCUGAUCGUUACGAAUUACUUAAUGUUUUAAUGAAUCAGCCUUAUAUUAAAGAAAAAAUAAUUAAAAAUACCGUAAAGUUUUUAGACCAAGAAAUAAAUUCUUUGUAUUUAUCAAUAAAUAACAAUAGUGUUGGUAUCACAAAACUUUUAAUUCGUAAUGGGAUAAAUAUCAAUAAAAAGAAUAGGUAUGGUUUAUCGGCCUUAUCAUUAGCAGCUAUAAAUGGAGAUUUAGAAAUAGUCAAGGAUUUAAUAGAAAACGGUGCAGAAAUAAAUGCACAGGAAAUAAAUAAUUUUUCGCCUUUAAAGUUUGCUGUCAACGGAAAUCAUACAAAAAUUGCAGAAUUCCUUAUUAACCAGGGUGCAGAUGUAAAUCUACGUGAUAGCAAACAUUACAGAACGGCCCUACAUGUUGCAGCUGCAAGUGGAAAUGUUAAAAUGGCCAAUGUUUUAGUGAGCAAAGGUGCAGAUAUAAAUGCACAAGAUAUAAAUGGAAAUUCGCCUUUAAUGUUUGCCGUCGAUAAUAAUCACACAGAAACUGCAGAAUUCCUUAUUAACCAGGGUGCAGAUGUAAAUCUACGUGAUAGCAAACAUUACAGAACGGCCCUACAUGUUGCAGCUGCAAGUGGAAAUGUUAAAAUGGCCAAUGUUUUAGUGAGCAACGGUGCAGAUAUAAAUGCCCAAGAUAUAAAUGGAAAUUCGCCUUUAAUGUUUGCCGUCGAUAAUAAUCACACAGAAACUGCAGAAUUCCUUAUUAACCAGGGUGCAAAUGUAAAUCUACGUGAUAGCAAAGAUAAAAGAAUGGCCCUGCAUGUUGCAGCUGCAACUGGAAAUGUAGAAAUCGCCAAUGUUUUAGUGAGCAACGGUGCAGAUACAAAUGCACAAGAUAUAAAUAGAUAUUCGCCUUUAAUGUUUGCCGUCGAUAAUAAUCACACAGAAACUGUAGAAUUCCUUAUUAACCAGGGUGCAGAUGUAAAUCUACGUGGUGGCGAAAAUAACAGAACGGCCCUGGAUUUUGUAGCUGCAACUGGAAAUGUUAAAAUGGCCAAUGUUUUAGUGAGCAACGGUGCCGAUAUAAAUGCACAAGAUAUAAAUGGAUAUUGGCCUUUAAUGUUUGCUAUUAUCACUAAUCAAACAGAAACAGCAGAAUUUCUUAUUAACCAGGGUGCAGAUGUAAAUCUAGGUAGUAACAAAGAUAAAAGAACGGUCCUACAUGAAGCGGCUUUUACAGGAAAUGUUACAAUGGCCAAUGUUUUAGUGAGCAACGGUGCAGAUUUAAAUGCACAAGAUAUAAAUGGAUAUUCGCCUUUAAUGUUUGCCGUCGAUAAUAAUCACACAGAAAUUGCAGAAUUCCUUAUUAACCAGGGUGCAGAUGUAAAUCUACGUGGUAGCAAAGAUAACAGAACAGCCCUGCAUGUUGCAGCUGCAACUGGAAAUGUUAAAAUGGCCAAUGUUUUAGUGAGCAACGGUGCAGAUAUAAAUGCACAAGAUAUAAAUGAAAUGUCUCCUAUAUUUACGGCACAAUCGUUUGAAUAUCAAUAUGAGACGGCGAUUGAAAAUCCACCACACAGAGGCCCAUUAUCUGGAUUCACCUAUGAAAAGAAUAUUUUGUCCCUAUUCGCAAUUCGCUGCGCAUUGGACAAAACCAUCAAGGAUUUCAAAAUUGGAACAAACCUCAAAAAUUUUGGAUCAUUGGAUGACAUCAUAAUCGACGUAGAACAUAACGAUGGAGAAAAGGAAAUGUUUGUUUGUCAGCUUAAACACAAGAAUGACCCCAACUUGAAUUUAAACAAAUUUAUUACGGAUUAUCGUUCGAUAAAAAGACAACACGAAAAUGUCAAAAUAAAUAUAAUCAUACAUACAAUCGUCCAAAAGAAUCUCAUAACACAGCAUAAAGCAUUGGAGGAUGUUAGUUUGUCCAAUUCAAAAUUAAAAAUGUUUAAUACAAAUGAAGAAGGGUUACUGCAUAAAUACACUGGAAAAGGUUUAAAUAUCAGUGAUAAAAGUAUUACUGAAGAUAUGAUACACGAUUUUUUAACCAACUGCUUCGUUUUUUCAAAGCAAAGCAACAAGGACGAACUUAUAGACAUAAUAAGAAAAGAGUUCAAAGAAAGCGUGAAAGACGAGCAGUUUCAGCUAAUAUUAACUUAUUUCGAUAGCUUUUAUACAUAUAUUAAAGGUAAAAAAUUUAUUUCAAAAGAAGAAAUUGUGUGGAUGUUGAAGGUUAAAAUUUUGUACCCCUUCGUAGACCAGCUUCUUGAAAAUGUUAAUGAUAACAAUUGUAUUGAAAACGGCAAUUUAAUAAUAGAAACAUUAAAUUUAUUUCAUCUUUCUACAUUGUCCGAUGAAUCGAUUACUAUAAUUUUAAGAAUUAUAACUAAAAUUAUCGAAACUCAUUUCGACAUCAAGAACUUCAGUAAAGAACUUUGGCAUAAAAAAUUACCGGAAAAUAUAACAUUCGAAGAACCCUAUUAUCAAGCUUUGAAAUAUAUUAAAAAUAAUGAAUUAUUAUACAAAGACUUAAUCUUUCUUUUAUGGCUAAAAAAAGAAGCGCCUCUUCCAUUAAUCUACACCCACGAAAAUAAACAACAAAUAAAUUUUGUGUUUCAACAUUUUUUGCCCAACUCUUCUGUGGUAUUACGAAAUAAAACAAAAUUUAACAUUUCUAUGGAAAAUUUAAAUAUCUUUAUCUUCAACAACAUAAGAAUGGACCUUAAAGAAAAUAAUUUGGAUCUAAUAAAAAUUAAACUUCAUCCCGAGGAGUCAAUUUCAUUGAAAGAGUUAAACUUUACGGAUGGCAUUACUCCUGACGAAUACGUAAAGCUUUGUUCAGCAAAAGAAAUUAGUUUCAAGGCCAGCGACACCAAACCGUUUUAUAUUCCGAGAAAAUUGGAACCUCUAAUAUUUAAUGAAAACGUAUUUAAAAACACAAAUUUUCUAUUUGUGGUCCAUCCAAGCAGUUCUUCCCCAUACAAUGAAGAAUAUUUGAAUAGUUUAUUUAAAAAAAUUCGAAGCAAACUAGGGUCAAUGGAAUCAACAUUUCAAUUAUCUACGGAUCGACAUGAACACCAGGAUAACUUAUUAGAACUUUCAGAUUUUUUGAAAAUACGUUCUACAGACAUCCAGUUCAAGUAUACGACAGUGUAUUCCAAAGAGUCAAUAUGGAAAACAAGAACUGAUUUAAAGGACAAAUUUAGAGGAUCAUAUUGUUGCCUGCUUGAAUUUCAUGGACAUUUCUUAUGUCAUGCUUAUAAUGGAGAUAUUGAAACUUUAAGCCAAUUCAAGGUAAAUGAAAGUAUCAAUGAAAAUGAAUUAUUAGAGUUAAAUUUUCCUAUAAGUAUAAUUCAUGGAAAUGCUGGUAUGGGCAAAUCUUCCAUGCUCCAUAACAUGGAAUAUAUCCUUCCAAAAGAGUAUUGCGUGGUUAAUUUGACCAACAUUUGGGAUGAUAAAAUUUUAAACGAUAAGAAAAUGUUAAUAGAACAUUUAUUAAUACACCAAGUUGGAACGGAAAUGUUUAAUCGUUUUAAACAAUUUUUUACUGAACUAUUCGAAAACAGAAUAAUAAAUAAAAAAUUGUAUAUAAUUAAGGAUGCUUUCGAUGAAACGAAUCAAAAAACUAAUGUUGUAAAUCAAAUUUCUAACUUAUUACAAGUUCCAAUUGUCAUUUCAACGAGACCAACGAUGAAAAAUAUUUUGGAAAAUGAACUUCAUGCCCCGUCAUUAAACGUAAUUCAAUUUUCAAGAGAAGAUCAAAUACAGUUUCUUCAACAGUCCAAUUCGUUAUCUGCCGAUUACAUCAUUGGUGUCAUUGACGAAUUGAAAGUGGAAAAAAGUUUUCUUGGAGUUCCAUUAUUAUUAAAACUAUUAGUGGAAAUAUUGCCCGACUUAAAUGAAAUUAAAAACAUUAAUUUAAUUGUGUUAUAUGAUAAAUAUUUAAAAAAAUAUAUGAAACAUUAUAGGAACAGAGAUGAAGACACCAUAAAGUCUUUGGCGUUUCGAAUAUUUUUUAAGCAUCAUUUUAGUAAUUUUUUUAAUGAAAAACAAUUUAAAAGAGAUUUCGAAGACUUUCAAAAAACAGUUCAAGAAACGAAAGAUAAUAUCAUAGGCGGAUUUAAUAUUGAAGAAGAACCAAUAUUUAUACACCGAACGUUUGCAGAGUUUUUAUGUGCUCAGUAUUUAAGUGAAAUAUGCCUAGAAAACAAUUUUAGAAAUAUUUUUGAGGAAAUAUUAAAGGAUAUAAAUUUGGAUCAAGUUAAAUAUUUCUUUGAUUUAAUCCUUUGUCAAGACUUGCCUUUGCAUUUUGCUGCCUUAAGAAACGAUGUCAAACAUCUAUCAAUGAUGAAUGAUGAUGACAAUAUAAUAAAAACAGAUAGGUUGGGUAGGACUGUACUACAUAUUGUGGCCACUUAUGGGAGUUAUGAUAAUUUUAUAAGGAAUCCCAUUGAUUAUAGAAUUAAUAUAUCUUUUACAAAGAAAAGUAAUCCUUUUAUAAAUGCGGAUAUUAUAAUGGACACACUCUUGAAAAAAAGUUUUGCAAAGAAUAUAAUUUUUGAUAAUUUUGAUAAAUUAAACAAUAAUGUCAUAAAUUACAUUUGGCUAACCAAAGGUCUUAAUAUUUUGAACACAAUAUGCAUUUACGUUAUUGAUAUUAAUUUACCAAAAUCUAACGAAGAUGAAUUUCUCUGCAUUAUUAUGGCUUCUAAUCGUUACAAAUUACUUAAGGUUUUAAUGAACCAGCCUUAUAUAAAGGAAAAAAUAAUUAAAAAUACUAUAGAGUUUUUAGACCAACAAAUAAAUGCUUUGCAUUUAUCAGUAUUUAACAAUAGUGUAGAUAUCACAAAACUUUUAAUUCGUAAUGGGGUAAAUAUCAAUAAAAAUAAUAGAUAUGGUGUAUCGGCCUUAUCAUUAGCAACUAUAAAUGGAAAUUUGGAAAUAGUCAAGGAUUUAGUAAGGAACCAUGCAGAUAUAAAUGCACAAGAUAUAGAUGGAUUAUCGCCUUUAAUGUUUGCCGUCGAUAAUAAUCACACAGAAACUGCAGAAUACCUUAUUAACCAGGGUGCAGAUGUUAAUCUACGUGAUAGCAAAUAUACCGGAACGGCCCUGCAUUUUGCAGCUGCAACUGGAAAUGUUGAAAUCGCCAAAGUUUUAUUGAGCAAGAAAGCAGAUAUAGAUGCACAAGAUAUAAAUGGAAAUUCGCCUUUAAUGUUUGCCGUCAGUAAUAAUCACACAGAAACUGCAAAAUUCCUUAUUAACCAGGGUGCAGAUGUAAAUCUACGUGAUAGCAAAGAUAACGCAACGGCCCUGCAUGAUGCAGCUUUAACUGAAAAUGUUGAAAUCGCCAAUGUUUUAUUGAGCAAGGAUGCAGAUAUAGAUGCACAAGAUAUAAAUGGAAAGUCGCCUUUAAUUUUUGCCGUCAGUAAUAAUCACACAGAAACUGCAAAAUUCCUUAUUAACAAGGGUGCAGAUGUAAAUCUACGUGGUAGCAAAGAUAACGCAACGGCCCUGCAUGAUGCAGCUGCAACUGGAAAUGUUGAAAUCGCCAAAGUUUUAUUGAGCAAGGAUGCAGAUAUAGAUGCACAAGAUAUAAAUGAAUUUUCGCCUUUAAUGUUUGCCGUCAAUAAAAAUCACACAGAAACUGCAAAAUUCCUUAUUAACCAUGGUGCAGAUGUAAAUCUACGUAGUAGCAAAUAUAACGCAACGGCCCUGCAUGAUGCAGCUGCAACUGGAAAUGUUGAAAUCGCCAAAGUUUUAUUGAGCAAGAAAGCAGAUAUAGAUGCACAAGAUAUAAAUGGAAAUUCGCCUUUAAUGUUUGCCGUCAAUAAAAAUCACACAGAAACUGCAGAAUUUCUUAUUAACCAGGGUGCAAAUGUAAAUCUACGUGGUAGCAAAGAUAAAAUAAUGGCCCUGCAUGUUGCAGCUGCAACUGGAAAUGUUGAAAUCGUCAAUGUUUUAGUAAGCAACGGUGCAGAUAUAGAUGCACAAGAUAUAAAUGGAAAGUCGCCUUUAAUUUAUGCCGUCCGUAAAAAUCACACAGAAACUGCAAAAUUCCUUAUUAACAAGGGUGCAGAUGUAAAUCUACGUGGUAGCAAAGAUAACGCAACGGCCCUGCAUGAUGCAGCUGCAACUGGAAAUGUUGAAAUCGCCAAAGUUUUAUUGAGCAAGGAUGCAGAUAUAGAUGCACAAGAUAUAAAUGGAUGUUCGCCUUUAAUUUUUGCCGUCAGUAAAAAUCACACAGAAACUGCAAAAUUCCUUAUUAACCAGGGUGCAGAUGUAAAUCUACGUGAUAGCAAAGAUAACGCAACGGCCCUGCAUGAUGCAGCUUUAACUGAAAAUGUUGAAAUCGCCAAUGUUUUAUUGAGCAAGGAUGCAGAUAUAGAUGCACAAGAUAUAAAUGGAAAGUCGCCUUUAAUUUUUGCCGUCAGUAAUAAUCACACAGAAACUGCAAAAUUCCUUAUUAACAAGGGUGCAGAUGUAAAUCUACGUGGUAGCAAAGAUAACGCAACGGCCCUGCAUGAUGCAGCUGCAACUGGAAAUGUUGAAAUCGCCAAAGUUUUAUUGAGCAAGGAUGCAGAUAUAGAUGCACAAGAUAUAAAUGGAUAUUCGCCUUUAAUGUUUGCCGUCAUUAAAAAUCACACAGAAACUGCAAAAUUCCUUAUUAACCAUGGUGCAGAUGUAAAUCUACGUAGUAGCAAAUAUAACAGAACGGCCCUGCAUGAUGCAGCUGCAACUGGAAAUGUUGAAAUCGCCAAAGUUUUAUUGAGCAAGGAUGCAGAUAUAGAUGCACAAGAUAUAAAUGGAUAUUCGCCUUUAAUGUUUGCCGUCAAUAAAAAUCACACAGAAACUGCAAAAUUCCUUAUUAACCAUGGUGCAGAUGUAAAUCUACGUAGUAGCAAAUAUAACAGCACGGCCCUGCAUGAUGCAGCUGCAACUGAAAAUGUUGAAAUCGCCAAAGUUUUAUUGAGCAAGGAUGCAGAUAUAGAUGCACAAGAUAUAAAUGGAUAUUCGCCUUUAAUGUUUGCCGUCAUUAAAAAUCACACAGAAACUGCAAAAUUCCUUAUUAACAAGGGUGCAGAUGUAAAUCUACGUGGUAGCAAAAGUAACGCAACGGCCCUGCAUGUUGCAGCUGCAACUGGAAAUGUUGAAAUCGCCAAAGUUUUAUUGAGCAAGGAUGCAGAUAUAGAUGCACAAGAUAUAAAUGGAUAUUCGCCUUUAAUUUAUGCCGUCCGUAAAAAUCACACAGAAACUGCAAAAUUCCUUAUUAACAAGGGUGCAGAUGUAAAUCUACGUGGUAGCAAAGAUAACGCAACGGCCCUGCAUGAUGCAGCUGCAACUGGAAAUGUUGAAAUCGCCAAUGUUUUAGUGAGCAACGGUGCCGAUAUAAAUGCACAAGAUAUAAAUGGAUAUUCGCCUUUAAUGUGUGCCGUCAGUAAUAAUCACACAGAAACUGCAGAAUCCCUUAUUAACCAGGGUGCAGAUGUAAAACUAUGUUGUAGCAAAGAUAAAAGAAUGGCCCUGCAUGUUGCAGCUGCAACUGGAAAUGUUAAAAUCGCCAAAGUUUUAUUGAGCAACGGUGCAGAUAUAAAUGCACAAGAUAUAAAUGGAUAUUCGCCUUUAAUGUUUGCCGUCAUUAAAAAUCACACAGAAACUGCAGAAUUCCUUAUUAACCAGGGUGCAGAUGUUAAUCUACGGGGUAGCAAAGAUAACAGAACGGCCCUGCAAGCUGCAGCUGCAACUGGAAAUGUUGAAAUCGCCAAUGUUUUAGUGAGCAACGGUGCAGAUAUAAAUGCACAAGAUAUAAAAGGAAAAUCGCCUUUAAUGUUUGCCGUCAAUAAAAAUCACACAGAAACUGCAGAAUUUCUUAUUAACCAUGGUGCAGAUGUAAAUCUACGGGGUAGCAAAGAUAACAGAACGGCCCUGCAUGUUGCAGGUUUAACUGGAAAUGUUGAAAUGGCCAAUGUUUUAGUGAGCAACGGUGCAGAUAUAAAUGCACAAGAUAUAAAUGGAUAUUCGCCUUUAAUAUUUGCCGUCGAUAAUAAUCACACAAAAAUUACAGAAUACCUUAUUAACCAUGGUGCAGAUGUAAAUCUACGGGGUAGCAAAGAUAACAGAACGGCCCUGCAUGUUGCAGGUUUAACUGGAAAUGUUGAAAUGGCCAAUGUUUUAGUGAGCAACGGUGCAGAUAUAAAUGCACAAGAUAUAAAUGGAUAUUCGCCUUUAAUGUUUGCCGUCUAUAAAAAUCACACAGAAACUGUAGAAUUCCUUAUUAACCAGGGUGCAGAUGUAAAUCUACGUGGUAGCAAAGAUAACAGAACGGCCUUGCAUGUUGCAGCUGCAACUGGAAAUAUUGAAAUGUCCAAUGUUUUAGUGAGCAACGGUGCAGAUAUAAAUGCACAAGAUAUAAAUGGAUAUUCGCCUUUAAUGUUUGCCGUCGAUAAUAAUCACCCAGAAACUGCAGAAUUCCUUAUUAACCAGGGUGUAGAUGUAAAUCUACGUGGUAGCAAAGAUAACAGAACGGCCCUACAUGUUGCAGCUGCAACUGGAAAUGUUAAAAUGGCCAAUGUUUUAGUGAGCAACGGUGCCGAUAUAAAUGCACAAGAUAUAAAUGGAUAUUGGCCUUUAAUGUUUGCUUUCAUCACUAAUCAAACAGAAACAGCAGAAUUUCUUAUUAACCAGGGAGCAGAUGUAAAUCUAGGUGGUAACAAAGAUAAAAGAACGGUCCUACAUGAAGCGGCUUUUACUGGAAAUGUUACAAUGGCCAAUGUUUUAGUGAGCAACGGUGCAGAUUUAAAUGCACAAGAUAUAAAUGGAUAUUCGCCUUUAAUGUUUGCCGUCGAUAAUAAUCACACAGAAACUGCAGAAUUCCUUAUUAACCAGGGUGCAAAUGUAAAUCUACGUGGUAGCAAAGAUAACAGAACGGCCCUGCAUGUUGCAGCUGCAACUGGAAAUGUUACAAUGGCCAAUGUUUUAGUGAGCAACGGUGCAGAUAUAAAUGCACAAGAUAUAAAUGAAAUGUCUCCUUUAUUUACGGCAGUUUCCUUAAACCAUGCGGAAAUAGUUGAACUUUUAUUAGCAAAUACGAGUAUUCGAGAAAAAUAA